UCCAUUGUACCAGAUCUCUAUCAACAGUCCAUGAUGAAGUUGUAUUUAGUGCUUUGUUUGAUUAUAAUCGGGCCCUGGGUGUCAUCUGCAGAUCCUGAUAUGCUAGAACUUCAACGGGAUCUCGUUGAGCAGAAACAACGCAUUGAGGUGUUAGAGAAGGAAUGGCGCCACCACAACAAUCCAGCAGUUACUUCAGUCCUGACAGAACUACUCACCAAGCGUAAUGCUGACGGCUACGACACCAUAGCCUUUAGUGCGACACUUGGCGUGCCUUUUGACAGCAGCGGUCAUAACAAUCCUAUCCCCUUCGACGCAGUGAAAACCAAUGAGGGAAACGGGUACUCGCCGACAACAGGCGUUUUCAUAGCCCCUAGAAACGGUAUUUAUAUGCUCUUCGCCUCGGUGACUGUCAAUGGGGACGACGGUGUGCAUGCGCAAUUACAGAAGAAUGGACUGACCCAGUGCGCAUGUGUUUCAACGCACUACGCAUCGGGCUCAUGCAUGGUAAUCAUCCCCCUUGAUGUCGGAGAUAAGGUUUGGGUCAAGGAAGUAUAUGGUACCCAUGUGCGAGCAGAACAUUUGACCACCUUUAAUGGAAUGCUUGUCAUUUAGACAAAACAGUUGUCUGUUCUCCGGAGUAAAGUUUGGUUUUGUGUA